CAUAUGAGUGCCUGUUGUUAAAAACAAGAUAACACCAUUUCUUUCACAUUGCAGAUAUUUAUAUGCAGACUUUAUUCAGACUGUUUAUUAUUGCUCGGCGGUGAUAAUUUUUAUCUGUAAACGUAGCUGUUUCGUCUGGUGAACUGAUAAUUACUGACAGAUGUAAAAUACUCUGCCUCGUUACAUUUGGUCCGCAGCACGGGCUUCAGUGCGUAAAACAGUUCAAAAUUAACUCUAAGCGAGCUUAAAAUUAUUAAAUUUAUUAACAGACAACACUGGAGGCAUGAAUAAGCGAGAAGGUGAAGGAUGUCCCCGGAAGAGUGCUGAUGCAGUGCAGGUUCGUGAUGUGAGUGGCAACCCAACUUCGCCUGUCAUCACUGUGUUCAAAGUUUUUCAGCAGGAGCUCGACACCAAACACGAUAAAUAUGAGCGUCUUGUUAAGAUCAGUAGAGAUGUCACCAUCGAAAGCAAGAGGACCAUUUUUCUUUUACACAGAGUCAACAGUGUACCAGAUGCAGAGGAUAUCCUUAAAGAAGCAGAUGCGAAACUGGAUGGAGUCAGGCAGAAAAUUGGUCAUAUUGCUGAAGAGCUACGAGGAGAUGACAUCUAUCAGUUUCACAGAGCUUUCACGCCAGGGAUCCAGGAGUAUGUGGAGGCUGUGUCCUUCCUGCACUACAUCCGUCACCGCAGUCUCAUCAGCCUGGAGGAGAUCAACGCCAGACUGGUGUUCAUGAGGACCGAGAAGGCAGAUCCUGAGGGCUCAGCUGAAACCCUGCCCGUGGGAGCUCAGGUCCUGACCUUCCAGGUGACGCCCUCAGACUACCUGCUCGGCGUGGCCGACCUGACUGGAGAGCUGAUGCGGAUGUGCAUCAGCAGCGUGGGCAACGGCGACAUCGACACGCCCUUCCAGCUGAGCCAGUUCCUGCGGCAGAUCCACGACGGAUUCUCCUACAUCGGGAACACGGGCCCCUACGAGGUGUCCAAGAAGCUGCACACGCUGCGGCAGAGCCUGGGCAAAGUGGAGGAUGCCUGCUACACCCUGCGAGUCCGCGGCUCAGAGAUCCCCAAACACAUGUUGGCCGACGUGUUCUCCAGUAGGACCACGCUCAUCGACCCUGAGGAAGGAGUGGUUUAAGCCCUUCAACAGCAUUAUGUUCCCUCUGGUGUCAUUGUCUGCUUCAGUUUUAUUCCACUUUAAUGUCUUUUUAAUGGGAUAUGUUUUGCAACAUGCUUUUUGCUGUUAUUGUUACAAUAAAACCAGAUUUAUAAUAGACUGUUUUUUUUUUCUUUGAUAAAGAUCUGAUGACUUCACUUGUUUUGCAUGAAUAAAAGUUCUGUGCCAAAUAUACCAUGCUCUCCCUGUUUUAAGCUGCUUUGAUAAUGUGUGUGUGUGUUUAUUUUAUUUUCCUCUCUGCCCUUCCCUCUCUCUAUCACACACAGAUAAUCUAAGGUAGAACCACUGGCUGCCUGCACUCACUGCAUACUGUGUGGAGGAGGAACAUGUGACCUUUGUACAUUGUACGUGCCUAUUCUCUGGUAGGCUCGCUGGCACACACACACACACAAACACACAAGCCCUCGCCUCCUCAUUCUACCAUCUUUAAACAAUCCUCGCCACUGCGUUAAUUCAAAGUAAGGUUUGGUAUGCGCCGAGACAUAUUCCUGGCAGAGACCUGAUAUCCACUUGCUGCUUCCUCAUCCCCUUGUGUCAAUUCUGACCUUCCAGAUGGAUGUUUGAGGCAGUGAGAAAGGAUUCGGCCGCAUUGAUGGUCGGCCACACGGUGAUGUCUGACUAAUCUGUAAUCAGCAGCAGAGGCUCUUAUUCAUAGCUGAGGAAAAAGUUAUGAGGUUAUGAGAAAUGGCCACUUGUGAGUCUGAUUAUUAAAACAUCCAAACAAAAACAAGAAGACUGCCUCUAUAGGUUUUCCAGUUUCCAUCUCAGACAGCAGCUGCUGUGCUUCACAGCCAGUUAUUGCUCAACUCUGACAAGGUCAAAUGGAGCUUUAGGCUGAAAUGCAUCUCUUAAUGCAAACACGUGUACGACGGUUGUUGUUUUGUUGGCUGAGAGUUUUGUGUUUAUCCACAGAUAAGAUCAUGCUUUAUUUCAUCCCUCUUGAUAUUCUGUUGACCGUGAAAGGGUUUGAAUGUAAUUUGAGUCUGCCAUCUGGUGGCCAGUGUCAGUACUACAAAUGGAUGACCUGGAUCCUGUCUUCAGCGAGGUGUUAUUCCAAUACAUUUUGUAGAAAUAAGAUAUAACUUAAUGAAACACGAUACUGCAAAUUAUUAUUAUUCACAGCUGUUGCUUUACACAUGUUUAAUUUUGUUUGGUCAGAUUUUUAAGCUGUUUUUGUUUUUUAUUGAGGGAGUCAGAGACAGACAGACGACUGGUCUGGUUUCUUUUGUUUGGUGUGUAAAUCAGUUUAAUCCAAUAAACAAACAUAUACAUUGUAGUAUUAUAUACUGUAUGUGUGUAAUUAUAUAUUAUUUAGAUGGGUGAAAUCAACUUCUG